CACCAAACGCUCUCGCACUCACCCCAUCCGCCUCUCACCACCCCACCAUGUCGCUCGCAGAUACGCUGCUAGCCGACUUUGACGGGCUGUCGGACGACGAGCCGGCGCCGCAGGCGUCGUCGUCGAGCUCGGCGCGCCCGCAGAAGCGCAGCCUUGCCGACGACUUGGGCGACGACCUCGACGCCGACGGCGACCUCAAAAUGGAGGACGGGAGCAGCGCCGUCGGAUUCGUGCCGGAAGGCGGCGUGCGGCCGGCCGAAGAGCUCGACGCAGACGAGGUCGAAGCGACAGACCUCGCGGCCAUCGCGGACGUGAGCAAGGUCGCCAAGCUGAUGAGCGGCACGAAACUCAAAGAGGUGUUGGAGGAUAUUGGGCGGUAUACGGCCAAGCCGACGGACAUGUCGAGCAGCACGGGCGGCCCGUUGGAGGAGAAUCCAGAGUACCACCUGGUCGUGACGGCGAACAACCUGAGCGUCGAGGUCGACAACGAGAUGUUGCUGGUACAAAAGUUUAUCCGGGACCACUACGGGCCGCGGUUUCCCGAGCUCGAGACGCUCAUCACCGACCCAUGGACGUACAUUGCCGCGGUAGAGGCCAUCGCGAACACGGACGACCUGACCAAGGCGCCGCUGCCCGCCUCCCUCCCGCCCGCAACGAUCCUCUCCAUCACGCUGACGGCGACGUCGUCGCGCGGGCGCAAGCUCGAGCCGGCCGAGUGGGCGACGGUACAGCGCGCGAUCGUCGUCGCCGGCGAGCUCCGCGCCGCGCGCGAAACAAUCUUCAACUACGUCGAGAGCCGGAUGAGUGCGGUCGCGCCCAACAUCUCCGCGAUCGUCGGCACGGGCAUUGCCGCCAAGCUCCUGGGCCUCGCGGGCGGCUUGAACGCCUUCUCGCGCGCGCCCGCUUGCAACAUCAUGCUGUAUGGCGCGGUGAAGAAGAGCCUUGCGUCGUCGCACCUCGCGACGAGCACGCAGCUCCGGCACACCGGCUUCAUCUACCAGUCGGCGCUGGUGCAGGGCGCGCAGCCCGAGGACCGGCGGCGCGCGCAGCGCGCCGUGAGCAACAAAGUGUCGUUGGCGGCGCGGAUCGACGCGGGCAAGAGCUCGCGCGACGGCGCGUUCGGCCGCAAAAUGCAUGCCGAGCUCGCGAAGCGGAUCGAGAAAAUGGCAGAGCCGCCCCCCUCCAAGCUCACAAAGGCGCUGCCGAUCCCGCAGGAGACGGCGCGCAAGAAGCGCGGCGGAAAGCGCGCGCGCAAGCUCAAAGAGGAGUAUGCGACCACAGAGCUCAGCAAGCUCCGCAACCGCAUGGAGUUUGGCAAGGCCGAGGAGGAGACGCUCGUCGACGACGAGUUUGUGGGCCAGGGCAUGAUCGGCGCCCAGGGCAAGGUGCGCGGUCUCGUCGCCGACAGCAAGAGCCGAGCAAAGAUGAGUCGCGCCAAUCGCUUGCGUACCCAGUUGCUCGGACGCGCCGCUGCGAGCGCCGAUGCCGGGUCCGGCACAUCGACGUCGCUCAGCUUUACGCCUGUGCAGGGCAUCGAGAUUGUCACGCCCUCACUCAGUGCAGCGCAAAAGGUGCAGGCCGCCAACGAUCGCUGGUUUGCCGGCGGCACCUUUACACACGUCCCUCAGAAGAAGAGCACAAUCCCGGGCCAGAUGCCGCCACCGCCGCCCCCAUCGGCAAAAAAGUAGACAGCGUCUGGUGCAGUCAGUCACCACAGCGAGAUAGAGCGAGGGGAGGGAUGAAGAGUUAGUAUGUAGCAUGUGCGCAAGUGCUGUGGCACGAGCAGCGAGCUAUGCCUCUGGACCGUCGGUCAGUGCCACAUGCCACACCGAGCUCCCCUUGUCCACUGCCCACAGGCCCACAGCCCAACAGCCCCGCGCCUACCGAUGCAUGACUGCGGUAUAGUCGAUCGACCCCGACCGAGUGAUGAUGACGGAACGGUUACUAUAUACAAUGUUGAUGCCGGACAAAGCCCGGCGCUACUGAAUGCCUUUGGUCGCUAUGAUUAUGCAGUCGCCUCACUGCUGUUAGCUCGACUAGGCCUUGCUGUCUGUCAACUUACACCUUGGCGUCAGUCUUGGUGUCAGCCUUGACCUCGGCCUUGGUGUCCGCCUUGGCGUCCGCCUUGACGUCCGUCUUCGAGUUGCGCUGGGCCAUCUCGUUGUCGAUCUCCUCG